AGCCAAAAUUAAAUUGCUAAUUACCCGUUCGGUAUAUUAAUCCCACUUCACUGCGAAUUUCUACCGAAGUACGUCUUCCACAAAUAUGGAAAUUGCAUAUGCAAUAAACUUGAUUUUAUUCACACUAUCAUCAUUCCCACAAAAAUGGCAGUCGCAUAUGCAAUAAUUUUGAUUUUUUUACUCGCACAAUCAUCAUCGGCAGCAGCGGCAAACGGGAAAUCGGAAUUUGGUUGCUACGAAUCUAUUAUUAGUUUCGGCGAUUCGCUUGCGGACACCGGGAAUCUGCUUCUGCUCAGCCCAGCCGACAAUAAGCCCGCCGCCGCUCGCCCACCCUACGGCCGGACUUUCUUCCACCGCCCUACCGGAAGAUUCUCAGAUGGCCGUCUCGUCAUCGAUUUCAUCGCUCAGAGAUUUGGGCUGCCGUUCGUGCCGCCGUACAUCGGCGGACAAAAUGGGGAAUUACGCGGCGGGGGUGUCAGCAAAGGAGUGAAUUUUGCGGUGGUUGGAGCGACGGCGCUUGGUUAUGAGUUUUACGAGAAAUUAGGAUUCCAUAAUCCAGUUACGAAUGUAUCUCUGGGAACUCAAUUGGAUUGGUUCAAACGUUUCUUAUCCACAAUUCCUGAUGGUAAGAAAUACCUCGAAAGGUCUCUGGUUGUGGUGGGAGAGAUAGGCGGCAACGAUUACAACCAUCCACUCAGUCAAGGCGCAACUUACGAUGUUAUUCAAUCAUUCGCUCCAGCUGUUGUCGACUACAUUGGAUCGACAAUUCAAGAGCUGAUUAAGCUUGGUGUCAAGACAAUGUUAGUGCCUGCAAUUCCACCGAUAGGUUGUUUGCCCGUUUAUCUAACACAAUUCAAGAAAUCGAGUACCAUAAGAGAUUACGACCCGAAAACCGGAUGUCUUAAUUGGCUGAACGAGUUUGCAAGGUACCACAAUAAGCUACUCAAGAAAGAAUUGAACCGUAUACAAGAGCUAAUUAAUCCUGAUCAGAUCGACAUAAUCUACGCGGAUUAUUACAAUGCGGCAAUGCGUUUCUAUCUAUCCCCAAAUGAAUAUGGACUUAGUAAAAAGGGAAUUCUUAGAGCUUGUUGUGGAGCUGGAGGGCCGUAUAAUUACAAUGCAUCGGCAGAAUGCGGUUCUUCUCCGGCUACAUGCUGUGACGACCCUUCUUCGUUUGCUAGCUGGGAUGGGCUUCACUUUACAGAGGCAGCAUAUAGAUUGAUAGCACAAGGCUUGUUCGACGGGCCCUACACUACUCCUCGAGUAAAAACUACUAUUUGUCCUUCCAUAUCUUUCCUGUACCCCACUCGCCCUUGUUCUGUGGCCAUUUUGAUGAAAGUGGAGGCUGCUCCAUUCUCUGCCACAAAAAUGACAGUCGCAUAUGCAGUGAUCUCGAUUUUACUCGCACAAUCACUCUCAUUAUCGGCAGCAGCGGCGAUCAGAGAAUCGGAAUUUGGAUGCUACGAAUCCAUUAUUAGCUUUGGUGAUUCGCUCGCAGACACCGGUAAUGUGCUUCUGCUCAGCCCAUCCGACAAGAAGCCCCACGGCGGUCUUCCACCCUACGGCCGGACAUUCUUCCACCGCCCUACCGGAAGAUUCUCCGAUGGCCGUCUCGUCAUUGAUUUCAUCGCUCAGAGAUUUGGGCUGCCGUUCGUGCCGCCGUACAUCGGCGGAGAAAGUGGGGAAUUGCACGAUGGGGGUUUCAGCAAAGGAGUGAAUUUUGCGGUGGCUGGAGCGACGGCGCUUGAUUAUGAGUUUUACGAGAAAUUAGGGUUCCAUAAUCAGGAUACAAAUGUGUCUUUGGGAACUCAAUUGGAUUGGUUCAAACGUUUCUUGUCCACCAUUCCUGAUUGUAGUAAGAAAUACCUUGAAAGGUCUCUGGUUGUGGUGGGAGAAAUAGGAGGCAACGAUUACAACCAUCCACUUGAGCAAGGGGCGACCUACGGAGUUGUUAAAUCGUUUGUACCACCAGUUGUCGAUUACAUUGGAUCCACAAUUCAAGAGCUGAUUAAGCUUGGUGUUACAACAAUGUUAGUGCCUGGAAAUCUACCAAUAGGCUGUUUGCCUGUUCAUCUAACGCAAUUCAAGAAAUCAAGUACCGUAAAAGAUUACGACCCGAAAACCGGAUGUCUCAAUUGGCUGAACAAAUUCGCAAGGUACCACAAUAAGCUACUCAAGAAAGAAUUGAACCGUAUACAAGAGCUUCAUCCUCAAGUCGACAUAAUCUACGCGGAUUAUUACAAUGCUGCAAUGCGUUUUUAUCUAUCCCCAGACGAAUUUGGAUUUGAUAAAAAGGGAAUUCUUAGAGCUUGCUGUGGAGCUGGUGGGCCAUACAAUUACAAUGCAUCGGCAGUAUGUAGUUUUUCUACAGCGACAUGCUGUGACGAUCCUUCGUUGUUUGCUAGUUGGGAUGGUAUUCAUUUCACGGAGGCAGCUUACAGAUUGAUAGCCGAAAGCUUGUUCGACGGGACCUACACCACUCCUCAACUGACAAGUAUUAUUUGUCCUUCCAUAUCUCGGCAUGCUCAUGUUUAUGAGUAUUAACAUGUGCUAUUACAAGUCCACAGAGAGUAUAAUCUUUGCUUGUAAGCUUAUUCUUCUUCUUCUUCUUGUUUCAAUUAACACUCUGCAUAUUUAUAUCUGCAUACUAGUGCGUAUACAGUUGCACGAAUAUGCGUGCUGAUGAUUGAUGUGGAUGCAAAUGUAAAAUAAUUACGUAAUACUAUAUACUUGGUGAUUGUGAUAA